AUGAGUAACCGCAUCAACGCAACGGACACUUGCUACACAGGUGACUGCGAGCCAAAUGCUACAUGCGAGACCAUCGAAACAAAUGAUUCGACCGGCACGACAUAUGAUCUCACAACAUGUUGCGGCACCUCUGAAAUUGGCGCCGACGCCACCGGUCUUAGCUACGCUGCCGAUGGAUAUGACAGCGGCUACGGCACAACAACAUACGAUCUCGACACCGGGGCAUAUGAUCAACACCUCGACUACCGUACUGCAGACUCGCAAAGACACCACCGCGAGCGCCUCGACUCCACCGGCACAUAUCGACACAGGGAUGUUGACAGCCGCGAUGAUGGAACCACCCACGUCCAUCGGGAAUACAUGAACCCCAACACGGGUACCAGCUACCACCGUGACUAUGAGCGGUAA